AGUUUCUCUGGAGACGGCACAUUCUACCAACCUGGUCUGGGGUCCUGUGGAAAGCAGAACGAUGAGAGCGACAUGAUCGCUGCCCUCUCGAGUAGCCUGAUGUCCCAAGGUCAUUACUGUGGCAAGCAAAUCACUGUCGAAUACGGCGGUAAAUCAGUCGAUGUGACCAUUGUCGAUUCGUGCCCGGGUUGCAGCGAAGGAGAUAUGGAUCUUAGCCCGGCUGCCUUUAGCGAACUUGCCUCAUUUGACAAGGGUCGUAUUCCUAUUACAUGG